UCCUUCACUUUGCAUCUUGUUUGAGUGUCUGCAGUGAUUUUCCUAAUCUAUUGAGAACAUAUGCAGUGUUUUUCUGGAGAAAGUUCCCUCAUUUACAUGUGACGGACGGACGUGAUCUUCAGUUGCUGCUGCAGCCUCAGUCCCCUCAGCAUUAUGUCCUGUAGUUCUGCACAUCACAAUCACCAUGGACAUAUUGCUCCGAGCCUCUGUCUUUUUGUGGAUUUCCGCUGGAUUUCUGCUUUCACCUGUGGAGUCUGGGGCCUGUUGCAGCGAAGAUUUCACUGCCCGGUGUGAUCUCGUUUUGAGAGAAGUCUGCUUCGAGUUUGUGGAGGAGUUGAAAACCUGGUCCCAGGCCAGGAGCAGCUGUGAAAAGAGAGGUGGGGAGCUCCUGAAGGAGAUGAACAGCCCGUUCGAGGUUCUCCUGAAGAACAUCACCAGACAGAGAAACACCAGCAACUUCACAUGGUGGCUGGGGGAGGUUGUUCAAGGGGAACAAAGCGGAGAAAAUGGGGAUCCCUCAGAGUACAACUGCACGUUCAUGAAGCCGAAUCCUCUUGAGCUCGUUUUGACAUCAGACUGCAGCGAGAGACGCAGCUACGUCUGCAGCCGCAGUUUGCGGUCUUCACCAAACACAGGGAAUAAAUUUGUGUCCAGUCAUGUGAGCAGACCUCGACCCAAAAGGGAAAUUGAUCCACUAUUGUCAAUAAUCACGAGGCUUCUCCAGGUAGCAGACGAAGAACUAAUGCGAAUGGAAACCACAGUAGGGCAACCGACAAAUGAAAGCAGGGACAACUUCAUUGAGUAUUUGUUAAAAAUCACCCAAAAACUGACUUCAACAUUUGCUUUGCAAAACAAUGACACCAUCAGUCACAUCAUCAACUGUAGCACCGGCAUCGUCCUCCUCUCAAUAAAAAGAUGCGACAUCAAGGAAAACCCAAGCCCCACAGCUUUGUUUGAGCAGGUUUUUGAGAUCUAUCGUACAAUCGCUAGUCUGAUUGGUUCCGUGAUCACAGGCCAAUAUGUCAUCAGGCACCGGACAGGCACCAUCUAUCAGAACAGUUUCAAACCUGCAGACCUCGAUGGUGCAGUGCUGGGAUCAGUCAAAGAUGGUGAGUUUGUCAAACUCCCCUCGUAUUCAGCACUUCAGUCUCAGCUGAAAGGGUACAGCAAGGUCUACACUCAGUUGUCCACAUUCUCACCGAAUCCUCAUCCUUCUGACGACAACAUCUCAGGAACUGUUUGCAGCAUCUUAUUCAGCGAUGAUGUCUCUGACAUCAAGCUGGAAAACCUGACAGAGAGGAUAGAGAUCUUUAUGCCUCGUGCAGGUGCUUCAGCGGUGAUGUACAUUACUGUUGUGUUGGAGAGAAACACAAAAGCAGUGAGCAAAAUCAACGUCUCUGACCCAAACGUGACCAUCGUCUUUGAUGUUGAGCCCAGUACCAAGGUGUCACUGAUUCUCGCCUUGUCACAUGGGUCACCUCCUACCUCUGCAUAUUCUAACGGCACAACCAUCUUGAGACCAACAGGACGCUACCGCUGGAUGAUUACCCCAGAGAUGUUAGGGCAGACUCCCGGAAUCUGGUAUGUUGAAGCUGGACUCUUUAAUUCCACAUGGGAACCAGGCCUGACACUGAAUAUAUCUACUUUUACGAGCAAGUGUCUUUACUGGCAUAUAGCAAGGGAGAUGUGGAGCACAGAGGGCUGCCAGGUGGGAGCGAAAACCACUCCAGGAAGAACACAGUGCCUGUGUAAUCACCUCACUCUGUUCGGGAGCUCCUUUUUUGUGAUGCCAAACUACGUGGACAUAUCUCAUACGGCCGAGUUGUUCGCCACUGUCUCUGAAAACUUUGUGGUGCUGGCCCUGCUGUGUGCGUUUUUCGGCCUCUACCUGGUCACUCUGCUGUGGGCCUGGUAUUCUGACCGCAGGGCGCUGUCUAAGAGAAAGAUGACUCUGCUGGAGGACAACCACCCAGGAGCUCAGUACAACUACCUGAUCAGUGUCCAAACAGGCCAUCGCAAGAAUGCUGGGACGUCUGCCAGCGUCACGAUGAAGCUGAUUGGCACAGAGGGAGAGAGUGAGACCCACCGCCUCACUGAUCCCGACAAGCCCGUAUUCGAGAGAGGAGCUACCGACAUGUUCCUGUUUGCCGCGCCGUUCCCAAUGGGAGAAUUGCAGAACCUCCGGCUGCAGCACGACAACUCUGGAGGUCACCCGUCAUGGUAUAUAAACAGAGUGAUCAUAAUAGACCUCCAAACACGAAAAGUGUGGCACUUCUUCUGUGGCUGCUGGCUGAGCAAUGACCGUGGGGACGGCAUGACCAAGAAAACCUUCAACGCUGCAAAGAGCAACGAGAUCACCAGCUUCAGCAAUAUCUUCCAGAGCAGAACAUCCACCGGCUUUAGGGAUGAACACAUCUGGGUUUCCAUCGUGGAUCCGCCCUCCCGGAGUCCGUUCACACGAGCCCAGAGGGUCUCAUGCUGCAUGAGCCUGCUCCUCUGCACCAUGGCCAUUAACAUCGCCUUCUGGAACAUUCCUAUAAAUGAGGACUCGCCAGUGAUUUUUUCAUUAGGGUCGUUGCACAUCACCUGGCAGGAGCUGAUGGUGGGCGUUCAGAGUGGUCUCCUCAUGUUCCCAAUCAAUAUCCUCAUCAUCACCAUCUUCCGCAGCAUCCGACCCCGCAUCAUUUCAACUCCUCAGAAAGACGACUGUGAGGAGAGCCUGAGAAGCUGUGCGGUUACCAUACCGACUAUUCUCAAGGACACAGAGGAGGUGAUUUCUCUGGUGAGCAAAAGUCCAAGGAACAAGAUAUCAGAGACUUCCAGGCUGGAGUCCACCGCUGACCUCUUAUCCAGCUUGGACAGGGUCCAUGAGUUCAUCCAACUCAUGCAAGGGGAGAGUGAGAGUGACCCUCACUGGGUUUACUGCAGCAAGUUCCUCCUCGCUGGUCUCUGUCACCUCCUGAUGGACCUGGAAAAGCUGGAUGGCAAAAACUUCCCGAGUCCAGAGGAGUACCAGCAGGCACUUAACCUCACCAACGUGCUGGUUCGCAAGGCGGAGAUGGUCUUCAGCAGCCACUUGGCCUACUGCCCACCUCCCGUGAAAAAGAAGCAGAGGAGGACAGGGGGUUGCUGGCUGCCCUGGUGGUGUGUGUUCCUGGGCUGGUUCCUGCUGCUGUCCAUCAGCGCAGUGUCCACCUACUUCACCCUCUUGUACGGUUUUCAGUACGGCAAAGAUAAGUCCAUCAAGUGGGUCAUGUCUCUGGGCCUGUCCCUCUUCCAGAGCAUCUUCAUACUGCAGCCGCUCAAGGUGAUCGGCAUCGCUGUGUUCUUUGCCCUGCUGCUCAAACCUGUAUCUGUGGAGGAGACUGAGGAAGUAGAGCAGGUGCUGUUAGAGCAACAAGACAGGGGCAGGCGCUACUCCGGCAGACACACGCUGUGAGGAUGCUGCAUCCAGCCGAGGGGGGGGGGG